CGGAAAAAGGGGAAGAGGCCCGCAGCCUUGUUUUGGCUCUUUCCUCUCACCCGUGCAGUGGUCCCCUUCCUCGAUUUCAUGUCAGUCUCCCUCGAGAAUCUUUCUACUCUAUUAUUCUACUACUCAAACUCCCUCUCUCUCUCUCUCUGUACUUCUACCCCCUGCAAAUUUUUGAACUUGAAUUCUCUCCCAUAUUCUUGUUUUAGCUUUGGCUUUGCUUUCUUUCUAAUUCUAUUGGCGCUCAAUCUCUCUCUCUUUCUAUAUAUCUAUAUGAGCAGCAAUAAAGUAAUUAGGAGAAUUAGGUGAGGGGCUCGUGUCUAAUCUCAACUCCUAAUUUUUUUUUGUCCCCGCGUGUGAAAUAUCCACCUCACUUUCCCACCUCUCACUCCCUUUCAACUUUCCUUAAGCUGGGAGAUUCACUUGCUCCUCAAAAAUCUCUUCUUUUUCUUGGAGCACUAUGCUGCUCUUGAAUCUUGGUGAGUUAUGCUCUUGACUUCAGUUUCUGGUGCAAUUUCUUUGUAUGCUGUUUCAUGUUUCUGAGCCAUUGUUUGGAUUUAGCUGAAAAAGAUAUGUAAUUGAGCUCAAGGUGUUAUUUGGAGUAUAGGUGUUUUCGAAACAGUGAAGAAGGAGGGUGGUUAAGAUGGAUCAGUAUGAAAUUCUGGAGCAGAUUGGGAAAGGUUCUUUUGGUUCUGCUCUUCUCGUGCGGCAUAAGCACGAAAAAAAGAAGUAUGUGCUGAAGAAGAUCCGUCUUGCUCGUCAAACUGAUAGAACCCGCAGAUCUGCUCACCAGGAGAUGGAGCUUAUUUCCACAGUGCAGAAUCCUUUUAUUGUGGAGUACAAAGAUUCCUGGGUUGAAAGGGGUUGCUUUGUCUGCAUUGUGAUAGGCUACUGUGAAGGAGGAGACAUGGCAGAAGCUAUAAAAAGGGCCAAGAACGUUUAUUUUACUGAAGAGAAAAUCUGUAAAUGGUUAGUUCAACUCUUAAUGGCGCUUGAUUAUUUGCAUGCCAACCAUAUUCUUCAUCGUGAUGUCAAGUGUUCAAACAUAUUUUUGACCAAGGAUCAAGACAUACGUCUAGGUGAUUUUGGUCUUGCUAAAAUGUUGACUUCUGAUGAUCUAGCUUCCUCUGUUGUGGGAACUCCGAGUUAUAUGUGCCCUGAGCUUCUUGCCGAUAUACCAUAUGGUUCUAAAUCAGAUCUUUGGUCUCUAGGGUGCUGUAUAUAUGAAAUGGCCGCUCACAAGCCAGCAUUUAAAGCCUUUGAUAUACAAUCUCUGAUCAACAAAAUCAACAAGUCAAUAGUGGCUCCACUUCCAACGGUUUACUGCGGUGCAUUUCGAGGUCUUGUUAAAAGCAUGCUGCGCAAAAAUCCAGAACUUAGACCAAGUGCUGCAGGUUUGCUUGGCCAUCCCCUGCUUCAACCGUAUGUUAUUAAGAUCCAUCUAAAAUUAAAUAGUCCUCGAAGAAAUACGCUCUCAGGUGACUGGUUUCACUCCAGCUAUGAAAAGAAAACAAGAUUCACAGAGCCUGAAGCUAUCCCCAUUAACUAUAUCAGAGAGAAAAGGCGGUCAUACAGCAAUGACAGGAACUUAAAUCCAAGUAUUUCUGGAACCGAACAAGAUUCUCCGGGUUCUAGCGUGAGAGAUUAUGACAUCAUAAAGUCAGUGGCGACAAAGUUGACUGUUGCCAAUACUCCAAGAUUUACACCAGCAAAAGUUUCUGCUACCCCCAGGAGACAAAUAACACAAUCAAAAAUUUCUCACAUCAGCUCAAAACGUGAUUCACUUCCAGUGUCGCAUUCUCCGGCAAGGAAAUCUUCCCUGUCAACACGAAGACAAUCUCUUCCGUUGUCAACAAGAGCUACACCUUUCCAAACCCCAUAUAGAUCCAAUGCUGGUCGACUGGGGAGUGUGGAGUCACCUGACGUUUCUGUCAAUGCCCCUCGAAUGGACAAGAUGGCUGAAUUCCCCCUAGCCUCUUCUGAAGACCCAUUCAUUCGCAUGCGUGGAACUUCAUCCACAUCAGCACAAUGCUCUUCUACGACCCCAGACAGCAUCAACCGCUCUAUCACAAAGGACAAGUGCAUGGUCCAGGUUGUUCACAGAACCUUCUCCAAGUCCAAUGUGAUCGAUGGCAACCAUGAAGCUGCUCGAAAUGGCAGCGAGUGCUCUGAGCAGAAUCCUGCAACCGCUGUUUCAAGCCAUUCUUCUUCUGAAUCACGUCCAAAUCGGUUCGACACCUCGUCGUUCCAGCAACGUGCAGAAGCAUUAGAAGGGUUGCUCGAGUUCAGUGCACGCCUUCUACAACAAGAAAGGUUUGAUGAGCUUGGUGUGCUUCUGAAGCCCUUUGGACCUGAGAAGGUUUCGCCCAGGGAAACUGCCAUUUGGUUGACCAAGAGCUUCAAGGAGACGACGGUCUAGUUCGUUUUCCGUUCACUCUGGUCUUCUUGUUAUAACUUGUAUAUAACCGGCUUCCUUAAUGUCUUGGAAGUCAGAAAGUGAGUAGCGGUUAAGAACCUUCAUGCUGAAGGUGACAUGGAGAGUGUUAAAGAGAGUGGUAAAAAAAAAAAAAAAAAGAGUGGAUUUUUAGACUGACAACCAAAGACAAUUUCCAAUGGAUUUGAAUGUAAUUUUGUUGGUUUGUUGUUUCCUUAA